GAUUUGUUCUGUAUCUGCUGUUCUAACAUUUGUUUACUAAUGUAGCUUUUCAUUCUCGUUAUUUCCUACCUGGCACAAAAAUCUUAUAUUUAAUAUUAUGCAUAACGCAAGUGCUCAGUAAACAGGUGUGAUUUCUGACAAUCUUCAAUAAGCGCUAUUAACUACAUUCAUAACAAAAGUUGCAUUCAUUUACAAUGUCUAGCGAAUUAUGUCCUAUAUAUUCUUCUUUUUUUGGCUUUGCAGGUGUUUGUGCGUCAAUGGUUUUUUCUUGCCUAGGAGCGGGCUACGGUACGGCUUUAGCUGGAAGAGGAAUUGCAGCUGUAGGAGCCUUUCGACCUGAAAUUGUUAUGAAGUCUCUAAUUCCCGUUGUAAUGAGUGGUAUUAUCGGUGUAUAUGGUUUAGUAAUGUCGGUCUUGAUUGCUGGUGAUAUGUCGCCCGACAGCGAUUAUUCUCUCUUUAGUGGAUUCAUUCAUCUCUCAGCCGGACUGGCCGUCGGUCUCACUGGAGUUGCUGCUGGCUAUGCCAUUGGUAUUGUCGGUGACAAGGGUGUGCAGAGUUUUAUGAGACAGGACCGAAUCUUUGUGAGCAUGGUUUUAAUUUUGAUUUUCGCAGAAGUCCUAGGUCUUUACGGUCUUAUUGUUGGCUUAAUCCUGCAAACAAAGGUCUCCAACGUCUGCUAUUAGAAAUUCUAAAUUACCUCCAUUGAUUUUCUUCGAAAAACUCGUUACGUUUAUUUGGUGUUUCGAAUUAUCCGUUUCCUGAAUUACUGGCAAAUAAUGUAUAGCUUCUUAAUAUAUAACGUUAAUUGGAAAUGUCUAAGUGCCUUCAAUUAUGAUUUCAAAAUUUAUUGAUUACCAGAGGAUUUUUGAAUAACAAAUUCAUCUAAUUUAUUAAGACUGACCAUGUAACCGUAUCAUUAACGUACAAGAUUUUAUAACGCUAAUUUAC